AUGAGUGGUCCAGGUGAAAAUCGCUGGCGACGGCAGGGGCAAGGCAACCGCAACUCUGGCACAAACACCCCCACCAAGGACAAUGGACGGCAGCAGGCCAUGUCAUCGCUCACGGGGAAUGCAUGGGGAGCCAAGCAAGGCAAGGCUGGAGGCGCCGGCCCCACGGCGACGACUGCCCAAGCUCAGCCAGACAACCACGUUCCCGUGAAGGACUUCAACGCGAACGAGGUGAAGGAGUUCCUCAAGAAGAAGUACAUGGAGAGCACUGCCAAUCAAGCGUCGGUAUAUCACAAGGUCCCGGGUGACUCGGUCUCGAACAGGAGCAGCGGUGCGUGGGGCAAAGGAGGCACCAUGCCGCACCUCAUGCCGACUGGACAAGACUUCUUCACCCAGCUCAAGAAGCAGCUAGCGAAGCUCGACCAGACCAAGCCGGCGCAGUAA